GAAACGGCUGCAAGUGUUGGUCAGAGGUCUGGUGAGAGCUUCAUAACAAGGGCAGAAUUCAGGCAGAGGUCGAAGAGUGGCUUUGGAAGUGGCUGCCGGCCGCGUGAGAUAAUCCCCAGGAGCCAGGCACGGUCCAGAGAGGACAACACUGUGGGGCUCUGGCCCUGCUAAAAAUACCCGACAGCUUCUCCCUGUCCCCCUGUCCCCCCGCUUGGGCUGCACAGCAAGGCCAGGGCUCGCCGCUUUUCUCACCAGGAAGAGAAAGACAACACAGAGCCCCCGAGCCCCAGAAGGAACAAAACAGAUAUAUUUAACAAAUUGUUAGGACUCCCCCUAGGAGGAGUUGGCUUGCUUGUUGGAGACUUGGCUGGGAGACGGCGGCUCUGGUAAUCAGGUGUCCCGGGAGUGCUUGCGUGGCCCAAGAGGCCCUCACAUUAGCCCAGCAGUGGGGGACAGCGAUGUGAGGCAGAGGACUGCUGUCUUUGUCCCUGGCCGUUCACACGUGUCCGUCUUUCUCCCUGUGUACCCAGGACGAGGAGGAGGCUGCCGCAUCAGACCAAUGCUGCGAGGGGUGUGAAAAGAGCCGUGUUUCGUCACUCAGCUGCCGCACCUAGAAAGGAUGGAGAUGGAGUGAGGUGGAGGCGCCGCGAGCUGCUGUCUGGCACGAGGGACGCUGGUGAUUCUUGGGUCACUGAGGCUGGACAGCGUUCAUGGCUCUCGGGUAGAGCCCAGCGACACGGCCAGAAUGAAUUCCAUGGACAGGCACAUCCAGCAGACCAAUGACCGGCUGCAGUGUAUCAAGCAGCACUUACAGAACCCUGCCAACUUCCACAAUGCCGCCACAGAGCUGCUGGACUGGUGUGGGGACCCAAGAGCCUUCCAGCGGCCCUUCGAGCAGAGCCUGAUGGGCUGUUUGACGGUGGUCAGCCGGGUGGCAGCCCAGCAAGGCUUCGACUUGGACCUCGGCUACAGACUGCUGGCUGUGUGUGCCGCAAACCGAGACAAGUUCACUCCGAAGUCUGCCGCCUUGCUGUCCUCCUGGUGCGAGGAGCUCGGCCGCCUGCUGCUGCUCCGACACCAGAAGAGCCGCCAGAGCGACCCUCCCGGGAAACUCCCCAUGCAGCCCCCCCUCAACUCCAUGAGCUCCAUGAAACCCACUCUGUCGCACAGUGAUGGGUCAUUUCCCUAUGACCCUGUCCCUUGGCAGCAGAACACCAACCAGCCUCCCGGCUCCCUCUCCGUGGUCACCACAGUUUGGGGAGUGACCAACACAUCCCAGAGCCAGGUCCUUGGGAACCCUAUGGCCAAUGCCAACAACCCCAUGAAUCCAGGCGGCAACCCCAUGGCGUCGGGCAUGACCACCAGCAACCCCGGCCUCAGCUCCCCCCAGUUCGCUGGGCAGCAGCAGCAGUUCUCAACCAAGGCUGGCCCCGCGCAGCCCUACCUCCAGCAGGGCAUGUACAGCCGGCCCAACUACCCUGGCAGCGGGGGCUUUGGGGCCAGUUACCCAGGGGGUCCUAAUGCCCCCGCAAGCAUGGGCAUCCCUCCGCACACCAGGCCACCUGCUGACUUCAGUCAGCCAGCAGCCGCUGCCGCAGCAGCUGCAGUAGCGGCGGCGGCAGCCACGGCCACGGCCACAGCCACGGCCACUGUGGCAGCCUUGCAGGAGACGCAGAAUAAGGAUAUAAACCAAUAUGGACCGGUCUGUUCCUCUUUCCAGAUGGGUCCCACCCAGGCGUAUAACAGCCAAUUCAUGAACCAGCCCGGGCCACGGGGGCCUGCCUCCAUGGGGGGCAGCAUGAACCCCGCAAGCAUGGCAGCUGGCAUGACACCCUCGGGGAUGAGCGGCCCUCCCAUGGGCAUGAACCAGCCCCGGCCACCUGGCAUCAGCCCCUUUGGCACACAUGGGCAGCGGAUGCCCCAGCAGACCUACCCGGGCCCCCGGCCCCAGUCCCUUCCCAUUCAGAGCAUAAAGAGGCCAUAUCCGGGAGAGCCCAACUAUGGAAACCAGCAGUACGGACCAAACAGCCAGUUCCCCACACAGCCAGGCCAGUACCCCACCCCCAACCCCCCGCGGCCACUGACUUCACCCAACUACCCCGGGCAAAGGAUGCCCAGCCAGCCAAGCACCGGGCAGUACCCGCCCCCCACAGUCAACAUGGGGCAGUAUUACAAGCCAGAGCAGUUUAACGGACAGAACAACACCUUCUCGGGAAGCAGCUACAGUAACUACAGCCAAGGGAACGUCAACAGGCCUCCCAGGCCAGUUCCUGUGGCAAACUACCCCCACUCACCUGUUCCAGGGAACCCCACACCCCCCAUGACCCCUGGGAGUAGCAUCCCGCCAUACCUGUCCCCCAGCCAAGAUGUUAAGCCUCCCUUCCCGCCUGACAUCAAGCCAAACAUGAGUGCUCUGCCCCCGCCCCCCGCCACCCACAAUGACGAGCUCCGGCUCACGUUCCCCGUGAGGGACGGCGUGGUGCUGGAGCCCUUUCGCCUGGAGCACAACCUGGCCGUCAGCAACCACGUCUUCCACCUGCGGCCCACGGUGCACCAGACGCUGAUGUGGAGGUCUGACCUGGAGCUGCAGUUCAAGUGCUAUCACCACGAGGACCGGCAGAUGAACACCAACUGGCCCGCCUCGGUGCAGGUCAGCGUGAACGCCACACCCCUUACCAUCGAGCGUGGUGACAACAAGACUUCCCACAAGCCCCUGCACCUCAAGCACGUGUGCCAGCCGGGCCGCAACACCAUUCAGAUCACCGUCACAGCCUGCUGCUGCUCCCACCUCUUCGUGCUGCAGCUGGUCCACCGGCCCUCCGUGCGCUCCGUGCUGCAAGGCCUCCUCAAGAAGCGCCUCCUGCCGGCUGAGCACUGCAUCACCAAGAUCAAGCGGAAUUUCAGCAGCGUGGCAGCCUCGUCAGGCAACACCACCCUCAAUGGGGAGGACGGUGUGGAGCAGACGGCCAUCAAAGUGUCUCUGAAGUGCCCCAUCACGUUCCGGCGCAUCCAGCUGCCUGCUCGAGGUCACGACUGCAAGCACGUGCAGUGCUUUGACCUGGAAUCAUACCUGCAGCUGAAUUGCGAGAGAGGGACCUGGAGGUGUCCUGUGUGCAAUAAAACUGCUCUGCUGGAAGGCCUGGAAGUGGACCAGUACAUGUGGGGCAUCCUGAAUGCCGUCCAACACUCCGAGUUUGAAGAGGUCACCAUUGACCCCACGUGCAGCUGGCGGCCAGUGCCCAUCAAGUCAGACCUGCACAUUAAGGAUGACCCCGAUGGCAUCCCCUCCAAGCGGUUCAAGACCAUGAGUCCCAGCCAGAUGAUCAUGCCCAACGUCAUGGAGAUGAUUGCAGCCCUGGGCCCUGGCCCGUCCCCCUACCCACUUCCGCCUCCACCCGGGGCCAACAACUCCAACGACUACAGCAGCCAAGGCAACAACUACCAGGGCCAUGGCAACUUUGACUUUCCCCACGGGAACCCCGGAGGGACGUCCAUGAACGACUUCAUGCAUGGGCCCCCCCAGCUCUCCCACCCUCCAGACAUGCCCAGCAACAUGGCCGCCCUGGAGAAGCCCCUCAGCCACCCCAUGCAGGAAACUAUACCACACGCUGGCAGUUCUGACCCGCCCCACCCCUCCAUGCAGCAAGGUCUGCACGUCCCACACCCCAGCAGCCAGUCAGGGCCUCCAUUACAUCACAGUGGGGCUCCUCCUCCUCCUUCCCAGCCUCCCCGGCAACCGCCACAGGCCGCUCCCAGCAACCAUCCACACAGCGACCUGACCUUUAACCCCUCCUCAGCCUUAGAGGGUCAGGCCGGAGCGCAGGGAGCAUCCGACAUGCCGGAGCCUUCGCUGGAUCUCCUUCCAGAACUCACAAAUCCUGACGAGCUCCUCUCGUACCUGGACCCUCCUGACCUGCCGAGCAAUAGUAACGACGAUCUCCUGUCUCUCUUUGAGAACAACUGAAGCCCACCUCCGCUGGGCCAUCUCUCCCCACUCCGCUGUCCCUGUCUGUCCCGCACACUUUCCCGCCAGGAGCCCGUGUCCUCAGACCACCCUGCUUCGCCUUCUCAGCGGAGGGGCAGAGGGUGCACUGUGAAGGCUGUGGGUCUGGAGUGGGCGCCCAGAGCAGGCCCAAGGAGGACCCUCGCCGGGAGCAGAGGAGAGGGCACUCGCUGACGGCGGCUUCUGGGUCCCUCUGUGUGCUGACUCCCCACCACCUCCAGUGCUCCCCACCACCACCCAGGUUCUUCCGGUUUCUGAACUGUAAUCCUGCCUCCCUGCUUCCUGGCCCAGAGCCUCCUUCAUGUGACUGAGCCCAAAAGAAGCCACCCCACCCGCACCCCCAGAAACAGGCAGCCGAGCCUCGGAGGAGCUGGGACUGUUGGCUGCAGUGAGCACAGCCCGCCCACCACCACCCACCACAGAAAAGCACAAACCUCUGGGAAAGAGAACCCUCUUGGGGGCCAAGGUUGCCACUUUGACCCUGACCUCCAAGCCAAGACACCCUGUAAACACUCUCCCAGAAAGCAGACAAGAAGGACGAGAUUUCGUGUUGGAGAGAGGGUGUGCCAUUCCUGCUUGGAGACCGGUGGGGACGGCCACGCCUCCUCCGCGCCCGGACAGCACAGCAGGUGGACUCACUCCGACCCGGGUCCAGCCUGGGCAGAGAGCGAGUGCCCAGCAGAAAGUGUUGUGCCGUCAGUUAAGGGGCAAGGGAUGCCCACCAGAUGGUCAGUAGGAACGGCAACUUAAAACUUUGCUCCAAGGUACUCCCUGUUUUUAAACAGUUUAAAGCUACGAAGUCAUCUGGAGACAAGGAACAUUGGACUUGGUCAGCAAGCAAACCACUUCUCUCCACCGUUCUGUUUCCUUCUGUUCCCCCACCGCUCCCAGACUGUGAUGUGGACGCCCUUUCCCUCUGUACCGGUUCCCCUGUGUCCCGCCCAGGCGGCAAGGUGGGGUGGUGGGAGGGCGUGGGAGAUGCGGACUCGGGGCCUGCAGGCUAGCAGCAGGAACCCCGCAUCAGUGUCCCCAGGCUCCAUUCUCUGUCUGCCCCCUGCUCAAGGCUGCCCAUGUGCUGGGAUGCACCAUGAGCAUCAAGGGGUGUUUCUGUGGCUGCCUCAGACACCUCGCUUGGCUGCCAGCCUCUCCCCUCUGUGUCCCUCUGCCAUCGAAAGCUCAUCCACACUCCUCCUUCAAACAGAAGCGGCCUCUGGUUUUCCUUCCACCACUUUGCUCCAUUCAGCUACUGCUGUGUGCAUCUCCUGGGCAGCUGGUGUGUCCGUUCCCUCCCAGGCUCCUCUGUGCUUGCCUAAGCCGCGUGGCCUGGGAUGCUGGAGGGCUGUCGGGUCUCUGGUACCACAUCUGUAACUCCGUUUGCCCCUCCCUGCUGCUGUCCUGGCCACCGUCUGUGUGCUCAGCCUCCGUCUCCCUGGUGGCAGGUGGUCCCGGCACUCCUCCGGGUUGGACCGGAGAGGUGGCCCUGCCGGUUGACUUCCGGCCGCUGUAGCAGACGGCCAGCACGGGGUGUGAAGGGAGAGCUGCCGUUGUCCGUCCCCUCACCUUUUUUCCUUUGUCCUGUUGUUGAGGUUUUUUCAAACAGUGUGGUGUUCAGUAUGCAAAUCAAUUAUUUUAAGAAUUGCUUUUGUAAAUAUCUUUGUGAAUAUUUUAGUAUUGUCUUUGAUAAUAUUCAACAUUUUCAUGACCUGGUUAUAGCCUUUGCUGGUGUUUUUAAAAUACUUUGACUCAAUGACAAAGACCGAGUCCUUUUUUAAAAAAAAAAACACACAAAAACAAAAAAGCAACCAGGGCUGUCUGUACGACGGAGGGACGAAGAGCAUGGUGGCUGUGCGUGAGUCCGACGACCGGGCUGUCCACUGUUUAGAGCCACCCCAGUCUGGCGGGACAAGACGGCACCUGCGGCCUUGCCCAGUGGCCCAUAGCCCCUGCCCCAGACAAACGUACAAAUGCCUUUCUUCGAAGUUCCUCCUUUCUGCCGUGCUUUUUCCCAGAAAGGCCUGGGGUUCGUUCUGGUUCUUAUUGGGGUGUCCCUCUUCUGCUCACUGACCUGUCCCGCAGCUUCCUAGUGCAGAAGGCCGAUGUGCUCCCGCACCCAGGCUCCAGGCACCCCUCGGCCAUCUCUGAGGGAGCCCCAGUCUCCGCCCUGAGGCCGCCCCGCUGCCCUUUCAAGUGAGCCUCCACCAGCAAGUUCGGCAAAGAGCAUUCCUGAGCCACGGUGCCUGCAGCCUGCCCUCGGGGAUGUGCUCCCCAGACAGUGGUGCUGGAGCCCGGCCAGGGAGUGGGCGGCAUGGGCACUGGGGCUAGAAAAGCCCUAGCUGGUGACAGAUUCGGGUGAUGACAGCCUCCCCGAGCAGGAGCAGUUCUGAACUCAGGAGAUGCUUCCCUGAUCCUUUUUGGACGACUACUUGGAGCCAUAAGUAACCUCAGCAAAAACGAGGCCUCGGCAAGCCACCUCGCCAUGACAGGCUUUGUAGCACCUUUCUGCCGCCACUCCACGAGAUGGACAGGGCGCUGGCGGGCAGGCCGGGAGGCCCAGGGACAGGCACCCACCCCAUCUUCUUGGUUUGAAGCUUUACCCAUGUAUCAUGUUCCCUGUAACCAUUUUAUUUUUUAAGAAACUUCUAAUACUUUCUCCCUAAUGGAAGCCCUAACCCCACCCCACCCCCAGAGAGCUACACGUCUGCUCCCUCGGCCUGACCCAUCCAGAGGGUGGUGUCAGCAGCAGCCACUCAAGGGACGUGUGUACAUAUGUAAAUGAGAAAUAGAGACAUGUUAACAGAUGCAUUCAUUUCCCUUGGAAUGUGUAUUGUUUUUAUUUUACGAAACAAAAGGCUUGGAACUCCAUCUUAAUGUGGAAAAACUAGAUCCUGUUGUUAGCAUUUGUGAGGUCUCUGCACCUGUCUCACUAUGUAAUAUACUCUGCCCCUGUGUGGAAAGGAAUUUUUGUUCUGUUUUGUUUUUAUUUUACCUACAUGUACUAUUUAGCUUCAGUGUACUAGUCCUGCCACCUGUGUAUUUUUAGGGUGCUAUGGAAAUAAAAGAAAUGGGGAUUUCGGAAAAAAAUUGUAACCAAAUUCAUACUUUGUAUAAUUUUUGAUAUCAUGAUCACAGGUGAUUCACAUGUACACACACAAACACACCCACAGUGCAGCCCGAAGUAUCUCACAGAAAUCUCAUCGUCUUUGUGCAUCUCUGUACAAUGCGAGCAUUUCAUACUUUAAACUGGUCAGAAAGUAAUUGUGAUUUCUAGUCUUGCAAAGCUGUAUGUAGUUAGAUGAUGUGACAACCUCUAAUAUUUAUCUAAUAAAUAUGUAUUCAGAUGAAACCUGUAUAUUAGGUGUUCAUGUGGUUAUUUUGUAUUUAAAGAUCAAAUUAUUUGACUAUUGCUAGACAUUUCUAUACUCUGUUGUAACACUGAGGUAUCUCAU